AUGAUUAGGGCAUCUUUAACAUCACUAAUAAUGAAUAGAAGAACAAUUGAAUUGAAGGAUAUUCCAACUUGGUCUCAACAGUUGGCAAAGAUUCCAAAGACAACAUCACAGAGUCGACCACAAGGAUCUGCUCCACACUUUGUGGUCACUCCAAAUGCUUCAUUGAACGACAAGGUAUCACUCUUCCAAGGAGAUAUUACUAGUUUGGCUGUGGACGCCAUUCAGAAUGCUGCCAACUCAAGUCUAUUGGGUGGAGGUGGAGUUGACGGUGCAAUUCAUAGAGCAGCUGGAAGAGACCUCUACAAUGAGUGUAAGAAACUGAAUGGUUGUGACACUGGUCAAUCAAAGAUUACCAAGGGAUACAAACUCCCAUCCAAGCACAUUAUACAUACAGUUGGUCCAAUGAACUCUGAUCCUAAUGAUCUAAGGUCAUGCUAUCACACAACACUUGGUCAUAUGGAUACAAGCUCUUUAAGAUCCCUGGCACUAUGUUGUGUGGCAACAGGCGUCUAUGGAUUCCCACUAGUGGAGGCAGCUCAUAUUGCAAUUGGAACAGUCAGACAAUGGUUGGAGAGAACUCCUGCCGACAGAGUGGACCGUAUAGUGUUUUGUGUCUUUACAGAUACCGAUAAGACUAUAUACACCAAUUUGCUACAAUCCUAUUUCCCUGCAAUGAAUGUACAACAGGGAGUCACCCAGGCUGUUGUGGCAACAGCAACAACAACAGUUGUCACCGCGACUGUUCCAACCUCAAACACUACGGAGGUCAUUCCUCCAUCUACUUCAAGCAAAGAUCAAGCACAAUCAACAACAACGACAACUACUACUGCAACAACGGCAACGGAAACAAACACAACAUCUGACAAAACAGUUGCAACGACCAAUACCUCAGUCUCUAAUCUGGAUUCCUGCACAUUAUGUUCAAGUUGCGAAUGUUGUGAAUGCUGUGAAUGUUGUUCUCCCUGUGAAUGUUGCUCCUGCUGCUCUUGUUCCUGCGAUUGUCCAUUG